UGAUUGUAGUCCUGCUGCAUAAAAGCGCGUCAGAGUGAACCACCAUCUGAACGACACUGGCAGUGAGAAAGGACUCGGGAGGUGCACGUGAAGGCACCACGAGCGCAGAUCGGUGUAGUGUGCGCUCUCGCUCGCUGUGUUCGCUGCUGGCUCCCCUCUGUCCUCCAUUAGAGCUCGGCUCCAUCCCCGCUGUACGGCGCAGGCCCGAAGUAGCGCAGCCGCUCUGAGUAAUGUCUUUCCAAUAUAAAGACCUCAUGAGGAAGAGCAGCAGCGGUGCCAGUGUACUCGGACAAGGAGCACAAAUUCGUUGCACCAUUGAUCCAGCCGUGGAGACCGGGUGGCUGAUAAUGGAGGAGCACUCUGUUCAUCAGACAGAACACAUGACCACCAUUGAAGCCAGCGCCGUCCAGCAGGUACAUGUGGCCACCUUCACUGAAACAUCAAUGAUGAGUGCUGAGGAGGACUCGACGUCCUCGCCGGACGAUGAUCCUUACGACGACACGGACAUCCUCAAUUCGGCCGGCACGGAUGAGAUCACCGCCCACCUGGCCGCUGCAGGCCCAGUGGGCAUGGCAGCUGCUGCUGCCGUGGCAACCGGCAAGAAAAGAAAGAGGCCUCACAUCUUUGAAUCCAACCCCUCCAUCCGCAAAAGACAGCAGACCCGUCUGCUCAGGAAACUAAGAGCUACACUUGAUGAGUACACCACCAGAGUGGGCCAGCAGGCCAUAGUGCUGUGUAUUUCCCCCUCCAAACCCAACCCGGUGUUCAAGGUGUUUGGUGCUGCUCCUCUGGAGAAUGUGGUGAGGAAGUAUAAGAGCAUGAUGUUGGAGGAUCUGGAGAACGCUCUGGCUGAACAUGCCCCUCCAGGUGGGGAGCUCGCCUCAGAGCUGCCCCCCCUCACCAUUGAUGGCAUCCCUGUCUCCGUAGACAAGAUGACCCAGGCCCAACUGCGAGCGUUCAUCCCAGAGAUGCUGAAGUACUCAACGGGCCGUGGGAAGCCCGGCUGGGGUAAAGAGAGCUGCAAGCCCGUGUGGUGGCCUGAGGACAUCCCCUGGGCCAACGUCCGCAGUGAUGUCCGCACAGAGGAGCAGAAACAGAGGGUGUCUUGGACGCAGGCAUUGCGGACCAUCGUGAAGAACUGCUACAAGCAGCACGGCCGUGAGGAUCUGUUGUAUGCUUUUGAAGACCAUCAGGUAACCACGGCAGUCACCACCCAGCACCACCUCGCCACGGCACAGAGCAUCGCUCACCUCGUGCCCUCACAGACUGUGGUACAGACCGUCAACAACCCCGACGGAACCGUCUCACUCAUUCAGGUUGGCACAGGACACACAGUUGCCACGCUGGCAGAUGCCUCAGAGCUGCCUGGUGUGACGGUGGCACAGGUUAACUACUCCACGGUGACUGAUGGAGAGGUGGAACAGAAUUGGGCCACCCUCCAGAGCGGGGAGAUGACAAUCCAAACCACUCAAGCAUCGGAGGCCACGCAGGCAGUAGCGUCACUGGCUGAAGCUGCCGUUGCGGCCAGUCAGGAUAUGCAGCCCGGUGCCACCGUCACAAUGGCUCUAAACAGUGAGGCGGCGGCUCAUGCCGUAGCGACGUUGGCAGAGGCCACUCUACAAGGUGGAGGGCAGAUUGUCCUGGCAGAGACGGCAGCUGCUGUUGGGGCACUAGCCGGGGUUCAGGAUGCCACAGGUCUGGUCCAGAUUCCGGUCAGCAUGUAUCAGACUGUAGUGACCAGCCUCGCACAGGGCAACCGACCUGUCCAGGUUGCUAUGGCGCCCGUCGCCACGCGCAUAGAUAACACUGUCACUCUGGACGGCCAGGCGGUGGAGGUUGUGACCCUGGAGCAGUGACAAUUGGGGACCUGGGAGGAGUAGGAGGCACUGAAUGGCCACCUUGGAGAUUUGUUUAUCCUACUGUUUUCCAAGACAUCAUGCUGUGUAUAAUGUCAAAUAUAUUUUUUAAUUUACAUCUGCAGGGGAGGUAAAAGUGCGUUAUCAGUGCAUUGUGUUUAUUAUGUAAAGAUAUUGCUUUUGUUAUUUUUUCCACCCAGUUUAGCAUCAAGGUUUUUUGUUUUUUUUUGUUUUUUAGCUCUGUGAUGUUGAGUAUUUAGUAUUUAUUUUCCUACAAUUAACAUUUACUUAAAACAAAGAUGAACCAAAAAGCCUGGGAGGAAAGCCACCACUGUUUAACUAUCACUGUUCUGGAUUUUCUACAUGUGCUGUCUUUUUGUUUGUUUUUUUACAAUUCAGUGCUAUAGUCAGACAUCACUCCUCUUCCUCUUUCCAUAUCCUCGACCAUUAUUUUAAAUUUCACUCGUUAAAACCUCAGCUCACCUUGAACUCUGAGCUGUGGACUCUCCCAGACAUUCUCCUCACAUCGGGCAAUAAUGAAUUGAUGAAAUAUUAUGUUCAAAUGCCAUAUUGUCUUGUGCUUUUCCCCAUGCUGUUUCUCCGUGGUCCAUGCACAAGCAAAGAUUUGUGAAGACUCAGGAUAUACAUCAAGGUGUUUUUCGUUUUACUGCUGGAUUGCUGAGCUGAGUUCUUGAAAACAGCCAUUUUGUCUACCACCAUCCAUUUAUUUACAGUGCAUGGAUAGGAGCAACCCUCUGAAUGUUAUUUUUUUAACACGAAACUCCUUCGUAUGUCACUUAGGACUCUGUGGUCUUCAUCACUUUGUAUAUAACAGGACAUUGGUCACACUUGGACAGGAACUGGAGUAUUUGUAAUGCAAAUAUCAAAACUCUCAUAACAAAAAACAAAAAAAUGUGCUUGCCAAGAAUCGACUUAGUUCGAUGCAGCUGUAACAGUUGUUUCCACUCUCACCAAACUUGUGUAUUUAAAAAAACAAAAAAAUUAAAAAAGUCCAAUAGACUGGCUGCUGUUCACCAUU